AUGGACGAGGCACGCCCAGAGCCCGCCCUGCGCCAGACGCCUGGCUGGCAGCAGAUCGUGGCCGUCGUCCAGGCCAAAUCGGACUUGUCCCGUGCCCAGAAGGCGGGGCUGCGCUCGGCCACGGAGCGGCUCGAGGCCGCCGCCGCUGCGGCGGACGCCCUGAUUGGGUCCCAUCGGCUCAGCUCUUCCAGCGUGGUCCCGGCCUCUGCGUGGGGUGGGGGGGUGGAGGGCGGGGACCCGUGCGCCCUCGGCGGCCCGAAGGCACGCCCAGAAAAGCCAGCGAGUGUGGACUUCGCCGCCGUUUCCGCCGCGCUGCGCGCCGCGCUGGAGCAGGCUGGCGGCUGCCGCAACCUGGGCGCCCUGAAGCCCGACGUCGAGCAGGCCUGCGCCGGCCUGCUGCCUGGCGGCCAGCUGGGCGCCGCGGCGCUGAGGGCGCUGGGCGUGGGCUCGCUCCGGGAGCUGGCGCAG